GCUGGAGUGGAAAAAAAAAAUAAUCUAUUUUCCGGAGGCGGAAACCGGAGCGCUGAGCGGGGAAAAGCUUUGGAGUUCCGGCCGACGAAGCCCGCGAGGUGCUCAGCGCGCUGCCCGCUGAGGCCCAAAACACUGUCGCCGAGGCCAGGCGCGCUCUCCGGCACCGCCACCUCUGGCUCUCUCCCCUCCGAGGACCUCGGCUGUGGAUCGCAGGGUCUGACCGGAGACUAAGGGUGGAGACACGCUGGCGGGAAGAAGUCGGGUGACUUCUCUUUAUGCCCCAGCUCUCAGGCCGAAAAACAACCUGGAAAAUCUGGGCAGUGGGAAGUGGGGCCGGGCCUCUGUGCUUUGGGGGUGCCUCCCCCCAGUGUCCCUUACAACUUGGCUGCCAGGCGCGGGACUGAGAGCGCGGACUGCGCAAGCGCACUGAGGCUCUCCGCCACCUAGUGACCGCAGCGGCCCAGAGUGGUGGAAGCAGCGCCAACCUCGCGGCGCCGUUUGACCGCUGGUUGCAUCCGAGCAGAGCCCGCCCAGCGGUGGCGGGUCCAGUCAUCCCGGUUGGCCCGACUGCGGUACAGACCUCCAUGAGCCGGUCCCAGGUUGCCCUGCUGGGCCUGGGCCUGGGCCUGCUAUUCAUGCUGCUGCUAUAUGUGGGGCUGCCAGGACCCCCUGAGCAGACCUCCUGGCUCUGGGGAGACUCCAAUGUCACAAUCCUGGCUGGUCUCACCCCUGGCAGCUCCCCCAUUUUUUACCGUGAGGUGCUCCCAUUCCACCGGGCCCACAGGGCGGAUGUGGUGCUGCUCCAUGGAAAGGCCUUUAGCUCUCGGACGUGGGAGCAGCUGGGCACACUGCAGCUGCUGGCGCAGAGAGGCUACCGGGCCGUGGCCCUUGACCUUCCAGGUUUUGGGAACUCGGCACCUUCAAAGGAGGCAAGCACAGAGGCAGGGCGGGCAGAGCUGUUGGAGCGAGUGCUGCAGGACCUACACGUGCAGAACGCCGUGUUGGUGAGCCCUUCACUGAGUGGCCGCUAUGCCCUGCCUUUCCUGAUGCGAGGCCACCACCAGCUGCGUGGAUUUGUGCCCAUUGCACCUGCCUCCACCCAGAACUACACCCAGGAACAAUUCCAGGCUGUGAAGACCCCGACUCUCAUCCUGUAUGGGGAGCUGGACCGCACCCUGGCUCGGGAGUCACUGCGGCAGCUCCGCCAUCUGCCCAACCAUUCCACGGUGAAGUUGCGCAAUGCAGGCCACGCCUGCUACCUCCACAAGCCACAAGACUUCCACCUCGAACUUCUUGCUUUCCUUGACCAUCUACUGUGAGCUCACCCACUGUCCAGGCCCCAGGCCUGGCUGGAACUUGGAGAGUCUGGACAAAUCCGUACCAGGGCAGCAGCCCCUGUGCUUAGAGGGCAGAGGCCAGAGGGCUAGACCCAGUUGGGACCUUUCAUUUUAUCUCAGAGGCACAAUAAAAAAAAAAAAGCAUUUUUGUCAUACCUGGGGAGUGACAGGUCCUGUUUGCUGGCAUUGCUGCAGGUGAGGUGAGAGUUGGAGCCAAGUGUGGGACUGCUCGGGACAGAGAGCUGGAGGGAGUGCUCCAGCAGCCUGAGAAGGCUGAGGACAUAGGCUACUUACUAGAUGGCCGCUGAGUGGCUAAUCUGUGACUCAGUUUCCUCAUCAGUAAAAUGGGCACGAUGUAACACCUAGUUCAGAAAGUGGUUUUAGGAUUGAAUGAGUCUGGGUAAGCAGAGCACUUGGUUUUAGGAUUGAAUGAGUCUGGGUAAGCAGAGCACUUGGACACACAGGGCCAGCAGGUGGGACUGUCAUUGAGAGGGGUCAUUACUCCUGCUAAAUGAUCACUGGGAUUGAUGGGAAAUCCAGGGUCUGGUGGCUGAGCUGAGUGAAUCAGGAUGUAGGUUCCAUGGCCAAAAGGGGCGGGAUGUGUAGAGGAGGGGAUGGCGAAUGUGGUUUAUCUUGUAACAUAGUAUUGGGGAGGGGGAAAUUUCCCCCUCUCCCCAUCUUGAGUUCUUGGCUGGAUUAACAAUAAAACUGACACAAAACAGA